CAAUUCUCGCCAUGUUGAAUACUUCCUGCACGUUCAGCAAUGUUUAUGUUUGAUUGAUCGUUAAGCUAGAGAAUGAAGUUACGUGAAUUGUGAUAUUUUCCUGGAGAGAUUACCAUGGAAAGAGGGAGAAAGCAAUGGGGCCAAGGAGGGUAUGCCAAAGCUCACAUAGUCAGUGAAGAUGAAAAAGUUAAAGCAGUAAAGGAAGAGGUGCCAGCAGGCUAUGAAGAAUACUUGCUAUUACUUCAACAGAGAAAUAGAUUGGUGAAAAAACUGAAGAAGAAAAAUAAUAAAGAAAUUGAACUUGAGAGGAAAGAGCAAGGGUUCUCACUGUAUGUGAAUGGAGCUAAUACAGGUGCUAGGUCCAGGAUGGGAGGGAAGGCCAUUACCCCCAGCCCCAGGACUAUCAAACCCACUCCUAAGCCUAAGACAGCAGGGGAUAUUGCCAAAAAGAGAAACCUAGAUAUGCAUGAUCUGGCAGAAUUAGAACGAUUGGAGCAGGAACAGAGUGAGAAAGAGAAGAGGGCACAGACAGCUCCCAGUAAGGUGCACAGGAAAAAUUGGCUGGCAGGGUCAGUUCAGAUAAAGACAAGCGGAGGGGACAAAAUGAAGAUUAAAGCACCUGAAUUAUUGACAGGAAACUAUGAAGAUGACUUUGAGGAGGAAGAAUUAAGUAAUGAAUCUGAUGAUGGAAUUGAUAGUGAAGAUGAACAUGAGGAACUAACCAGGCACAUGAGCAGAUUUGUGGACAGCCACAGUGGAGAGGACAGUAGUGACUUGGAAAUAGAUGCUUCCAAGUUUGACCAGGGGAUGGGAAAUUCUGAAGACAAAACUGCAGCAAAGAAAGAAGAAGAAGAAGAGGAAGACGAAGAUGAAAUUAGUGAACACCUCAUGCUUAGUAUGGAUGAUGUAAAGAAACUAAGGCAAAGCAUGGAGUUGCAUGCAAGUAUACAACAGAGCAUUGCUGAGGAGAUAAGCAGUGGAGAAGAAGAAACUGGAGGUCAGAGUCCCAUACCAAGGGGAGUGACAGAGAAAAGAAUUGCUGAGGUAGAGGAAGAUGUGGUAGCAGAGUCUUUUGAGAGGAGGAGGAGAGAAGAAAAGAAACAUGUGCCACAGUCACAGCAGCCAGUUGAGAAAGGAAAGAGACAAAAACCAUUAGAGGAGAAUCCGUGGGCUCCAGGAGAUAUGAUAGUGCUGGAAUUUGGUCCCAGCAUUGGUAAGAGAAAAGAAAGAGAUUUGUCAUCAGGAAAAAGAAGAUCACUUGCAGAAGAUACACCAAACAGAAAACCCCAAAAGGAGGAUUCUAAGCCUGCUUCUAAAGAUGUUAUUCUGGCUCCUGACCAACCACUCAGAAAGCCAAGCCGUCCACUCUCUGCUAGUAAGAAGAGUAAAUCCACCAGUUCCCAACUGGACAGCACAGUUGACCGCUCAGCUGUCCUGCAGGCCAUCCAAGCAGAGAAUGCAGAGGUGGAGAAAUAUGCCAGAGAUACCAAGAGUGCUCCGUCCAGACAGUCACAGCAGGUAUCUCUGCCAAUGAAUUCUAAAUCAGAAAAUGUCCGUCCAAGCUCUGUGACUUCCAAGCUGCCAGAGAAUAAAGUCCCUGAUGCAGCAGAAAACAUUCCAGUAGAUGUCUCUCCACCACAACUUAGUGAGGAGAAACUCACCAAAGUAUUAAAGAAAGUGCUUCAGAUGGAAGGGAAGCAGCAGAAAAAACUUCUCAAAGCACUGUCCAAGAUUGAAGACACAGCCUCUGCAGAGAAUUCACCCAGAUUAUCCUCAGAAGCUAUGUCCAAGCCAAACAGCCAGGAUGUUGCUGGAGUGGAGGAACAAGCUAUUUCACAUUCCUUCGACAAAAAACGAGGUGGUUCCAUGAAGAGGCAAGUGGCAAUUGACAGGGUAUCUCCUAACCCAGUUCAAUCAGAAGAUAUAGUUGAGCUUCACCUGGUGCUGCUUUCUAACUGGGGACACCCGAGCAGAAUCGGCCUCACUGAAAUCCAGGCAUUUGAUAGUGAAGGGAAUAGAAUAGACCUUACCUGUGGGGAUGUACAGGUUUAUGGUGCCAAGGACUGCAAAGGGGACUUAGACAAUCUGUUUAACGGGAGAUUUAAGACUACUAAGGAAAGGAAUAUGUGGAGCUGCUCUUUUGUACCUGAGAAACCAGUUGAGAUCACACUCAAUGUAAAGCGAGGCAAAGACAGCUCUAAAGAAUUUGGAAUCUCGAAGUUAAGAAUAUGGAAUUAUAACAAGAGUCUCAAUGAACUUUCAGUUGGAGUUAAGGCUAUGCAAGUGUUUUUGGGGGCAGAGUUGAUAUUCAGUGGAGACAUAGACAAAGGCUGUGGAAAUCAGGUGUUUGACUACAGUAAGACUAUAAUAUUAAGAGAGGAUGAUACCUAUGAAUCAAAUCAAAAGGGAAGCGAUAGUGCAGCUGUGGGUAGCCAGCUGGCACAGGGCAGAGUUGAAAGGAGUAUGGAUGUCAAUAGAUCUGUGACUGUCACUCUCAGUGACCACUCUCCAACCAGGCCCGAGACCAGGACACUAGAUCACUCCACAGGAAACUUACAGUUACCAGUGGUGGAUGACACCACAGCCUCAACACACGUCAGAGCAUCAAUCAAAGCUUCAAUAUCAAAGGAGACCAACCAAAGUACCAACCCAGACCCCAAAGUGAUAACAGCAAAAUCUCCCAAAGUUUCUAAAAGAAUGGCAGCAAAUUUUGACCCACAUUCGAAAGACCAGCCUUCUCUUAGUCCAAGAAAAAGUGACAGUAAUCCAAAACUAUCCCAAAGUAAAUCCAAACAGAAGAACCCAAAGGGAAUAGAAAAGACACCCAAGGCUGAUGAAAAAACAAUAACACCAGAGAAAAAGACGUCAAAGGCUAGUGAAAAGACACCAAAAUCCAAGGAACCAGUAUUAGCCACAGAUGUGCAGGACUCUGUCAGUGACAGCAUGGAUGGGGUCUCCAUGUUACAACAGAUACAGGAAAUUACUAAUAGUAGAGCUGGUAGCCGUAGCCCAAGCAGACCCCAGUGGCUGGAAUCUAGUGUAGAAGCCAGUAGACCCCAUAGUGGACCAUCAAAGCCUAAGGAAGUCCCUAAGUGGUUAAAGGCAGAAGAAAUAACUGACCCUUUCAUUGCUCCCCCAGAAAGCAGAGCAGGGUCACGUUCCAGCGCUCAGCCUCAGACCAUAGAUGAUGCCCUGCCCAUGUGGCCGAGUGCAGGAGUGGAGGCACUGCCCACUGUCCUGGACCCAGACACUGACGGGAAGAGGGACAGGAGAAAGCAUACCCCAGAUCAUGUCGCUGAUGAAAAUGAAGAAUUAAGAUGGAGGCAAAGGCAAGUCUCCAUAGACUCAGACGAUGAACCACCAAUGAAGAAAAUUGAGCAGAAAAGAGAGAAUCACAGGAAUAAGAUGAAACACCUCAAGGAGUUUAGUCUUGAAGAGUCUUGGACAUCACUGGACUUAUUUUCAAAGUCUCAUAAAGGAAGGAUAUCAGUAGAUUUUGAAGGAGAUGCUCUUGAUGAAUAUUUGCAGUUGGAAAAAAAGCAGCCAUUUGAACCGACAAUCCAGGAAGAAACUGGGAUUGAAGAGGACUUUAUGAUCCCUGAACUUCCAUUUGGGAAAGAACUGGUGAUAAAUAUCAAGUCUACUUGGGGUGAUAAACACUAUGUGGGUCUCAAUGGUAUUGAAAUCUUCAGCAGUAAAGGGGUGCCAGUUCCUGUGGCAAAAAUUUCAGCUAACCCACCAGACAUAAAUGUGCUGAAUGAUUAUGGCAAAGAUCCUCGUGUAGCAGCUAAUUUAGUUGAUGGGAUCAAUAGGACCAGAGAUGACAUACACAUGUGGUUGGCCCCUUUUACCAAAGGAGGAAACCACUUUAUAUAUAUUACAUUUGAGGAACCAUGCAAAGUGGCAAUGGUCAGGAUAUGGAACUACAAUAAAUCCAGAAUUCAUUCUUAUCGAGGUGCCAAAGAUGUGGAAAUGAUGCUGGACGGCAGUUUCAUCUUCAAGGGGGAGAUAGCUCGUGCCUGUGGUGGGGUCAUGGGAGGAACAGAAGCUUUUGGGGAUACUAUACUGUUUACUGUUGAUGAGGAAAUCUUGGAGGCUGUUUCACUCAAUGAUGAAGCUUAUGAGGCAGAGGCUUUUAGUGAGGAUGAAAUGGAGGAUGAUGUGCCAUUUGAAAGGCCAAAAACAGCUGAUGAAGAGAACCAGGAUCGCCCAUUCACUUGUGCAGUAGGAACAAGAGGAAGAGGCAAAAUUGAGACACAAGAUGUCAGCACUGUUCAACCCCAAGAUGAUCAUAGUCAUAUAUCUUAUGAAGGAGAAUUAGUGGUCUACACUGGGCAGUGUCUCCAGUUAAACUUCACCAGCACAUGGGGUGACCAUCACUACCUUGGUUUGACAGGGCUGGAGGUGGUAGGGAAGGAUGGAGAGGCUUUACCUAUUACCAUGAAUAUGAUAGAUGCUAACCCCAGGGAUCUCCAUGUCUUACCAGGCUAUGAAACUGAUGACAGGACAUUGGACAAGCUGAUAGAUGGGACAAACAUCACUAUGUCUGAUGAGCACAUGUGGCUAGUGCCAUAUACAGAGGGAGAAGACCACUUAGUGACAGUGGACUUUGGCCAGCCCACUGCCAUGGUAGCUCUAAGAAUAUGGAAUUACAAUAAAUCUGCAGAAGACACAUACAGAGGGGCCCAGAUCUUGCACUGUACUCUAGAUGGGAAAGUGAUCUCUCCUCCCAGCGGUCACUUGGUCAGGAAAGGUCCUGGAAACUGCUUCUUUGAUUUCAUGCAGGAAAUUCCAUUUUCUCGACAACCAGAAGAAGUUACUUUCCCAAUGCUAGAUGGAAAAAUGAGGCAAAGUAAAGUAGUCACUGAAGAACCUAGUCAGGAGUAUGAAGCUGUACAAAUGCCUUGUGGGUUUAUCUACCAACUCCAUUUCUUGUCUACUUGGGGAGACCCCUAUUAUGUAGGCCUGAAUGGCCUGGAAUUUUAUGAUGCUGCUGGAAACAAGAUUGACCUUGUGGAGAACAAUAUUGCUGCUUAUCCUGAUAGUGUUAAUGCACUUGAUGGAGUUUCAAAUGACGUGAGAACUCCAGACAAACUAAUUGAUGGUGUUAAUGACACUACAGAUGGAAGACACAUGUGGCUGGCACCUAUACUUCCUAGCUUGAUGAACCGCAUAUUUGUGAUAUUUGAUGAGCCUCGGACAAUUUCUAUGAUCAAACUGUGGAAUUACAGUAAAACUCCUACUAGAGGAGUGAAAGACUUUGCACUGUUGGUGGAUGACUUGCUAGUAUAUAAUGGACAGAUUGGUCCCGUCCAGAGUGUUGCCCGAGGUAUCCUGCCGACCUGUGACCUCCCUCAGCCUUACCACACCAUCCUCUUUACAGAUGACAAACACAUAGCUCAGAGAGAAAGGCAUACUGUGAUCAAGAAGCAAGCUGCUGAUCAAGAUAUUCAGUUGACCAAUGACAUGACAGUAGUCAGCCAUUUUAAUAAUCCGAAAGAGGCCACAUCACAAAAAACAGUCAACCAAGCUCUGCGACCCACCACUAGUGUAUCCAACAGAAACAAGAAGAAAUGAUUGAGUUUGUUGUGAAGAAGCCCUAAAAGCCAAUAGAGAUGUUGGAUAUUUGUUCUACUGUUUUAAAUUUUAAAAUAUUAACUCUUAUCAACUACUUGGAAUGUAAUAUUCCACUUAAUAAUAAAGGAUUUAUGUUUUUAGUUUGAUACAAUACUAGGCAAAGGUGCUGAGAGUAUUUAUGUAAAAAUACAAGUUAAAUCAAAUGGAUUGAAUCUCCAUGUUCUGUUUUUUAGUUGUUUACAUUUGAUGCAAGUACCCUGAUGAAUUGUCAAAGCUACCAAACAAAUCUUUAUUAAAGAAUUUUGGAUUAAGUGAUAUAUAAUUUUAGGGCUCUGAAAUACUUGCAGUAUUUAUCUUUUGACUCAAUUUUAUAUGGAUCUUGCAUAUCUAGUAAACCUCAGACAUGGUGAGAGCAAUAUUUGCUGUAAAAUUUUAUAAAUGCAAGAGUGCUUCUUAAGAGUGAAAUAUUGUUGGCACUAAAGUAGGAAACUGACUUCGUCCUUCAAUUUAAGCAUAUUUUCAUGGCCUAAUUUAUAUUUUUAUGGGUUGUUGUCAUUUCUUGUUAACCAAAAUUAUUAGAUAUUUUCUAGAAGUCUUUAAUUAGUAAAUUUAGGUAUUGUUCUUAUACUUAUGUAACUUCCUGAAUGCAUUUUCAUCUUUAAAAUCAAUUUUGAAUAAAAAUUUAAGAUAUUAAACCUUGGUUUAAGACUACUGUAACAAUUUUUUAAAAUCCAAGUUUAUGAACAAGCCAUGGCAUCAUAAUAGUCUUAAACAAAGAACAACUAAUUGAACAGUACUCGCGUAAUCUGUAGGCAUUUGAAAAUUCCCCUGUCAUAUUUUUUUCUUGUGAAGCUUCUGUUAUUUCCCCAAUACAGUGAUUAAAUUCUUAAAA